GGAACGGAGAGGAGGAGAUUGAAAGCAACCAAAUACAGUGCCAGAGUCUGGCAAAGUGGAACCAAGAGGAGACACAAGCAAAGGCAAAAUAAUAACACGCGAAGCAACCACAAAGAGGGGCCUCAGCUCACUCAACUCCAUUCCCAGUAAGUUUACACGCUUAUAUACACAUCAAUCGUGGUAGAUAGCCAUUAUAAAAUACAUCUGGAGGGGGGACUGCUGGAGUGGAGAGGUUGCUCAGUACUCAGCAGUGUCCUCGUAGUGUAGUAGUAUCAAUCAGAUUGGAGCUCCAGCACACUGGUGUAUCACGUAAUUCAGUUUGCAGAGAGAACGAGCUACGAAGUUUCGUUUGGAGCGCACGGAGUGUUGGCAAAAUUCAUAUACGGGCUACCCUCUUGCUAUAUAUGCCACUACACCCCAUCAUCACCAGGCCACCCCACUGCUAGACUACCCUCCGGAACAGGGAAAAAAAAUUGUGCGCGGGAAAUUUUUUAAACAAAUCUCACUCCCACGCGCAGAGGAAUUUAGUGUGUACCAGGAAGUGGGGCUUUUGUGAAUGCAGAAAAUUCAGGGCUGAACAGGGGGUAAUUUGUGAUGUGUACAAAGUGAGAGAAAAAUGAGGAGUUUAGUCAGAGAUUGCAUCUAGGUAUGCGCCAAUUUGCCAAGUGACUGUGUUAAUGAUAUUCACGUAGUUGUGAUUGCGGGUUCUUUCUUUUUGUGUGCGGAGAGGGAUCAACAUUACGUGACGUGCGCGCGUGCAACUUGAGUAACAAUGUAUAAGCUUCUAGGAGGACUCAAGGACUACUUUAAGCUCCAAGAAAUCCAAAUUGACAAUGCUGUCUUUCGCCUCCACAAUGUCUUUACCACCGUCCUCCUUCUCACAUGCAGUCUCAUCAUAACAGCCACCCAGUACGUGGGUCAACCCAUUAGCUGCAUAGUCACCGGAAUUCCGACUCAUGUUGUAAAUACAUUCUGCUGGAUUUCCAGCACUUUCACCAUGCCCGAUGCCUUCAGGAGGCAGGUGGGGCUCGAUGUGGCGCAUCCAGGAAUCGCAAAUGACUUCAACGAUGAAGAUGCCAAAAAGUACUACACAUACUACCAGUGGGUUUGCUUUGUCCUUUUCUUCCAGGCCGUUGCAUGCUACACCCCCAAAUUCCUUUGGGAUUCAUUCGAAGGUGGCCUCCUGAGGACCAUUGUGAUGGGAUUGAAUUUGGGCAUAUGCCGCGAAGAGGAGAAGAAGGCAAAGAAGAAGGUUCUCAUUGACUACAUGCUGCAGCAUCUCAAGCGCCAUAAACUGUAUGCCAUUCGGUACUGGGGCUGUGAAUUCCUCUGCUUUGUCAACAUUGUCAUUCAGCUGUGGCUCAUGAAUAAGUUCUUUGACGGGGAGUUCAUGUCCUAUGGCCUGAGGGUAAUGAGACUGUCCGAGACACCGCAGGAGAAUCGAUUUGAUCCCAUGGUCUAUGUCUUUCCACGUGUCACAAAGUGCAUCUUCCAUAAGUAUGGUGCCUCAGGCAGCAUCCAGAAGCACGACUCCCUGUGUAUUUUGCCACUGAACAUCGUCAACGAGAAGACAUACAUAUUCAUAUGGUUUUGGUACAUAAUCCUCGCUAUUCUUCUUGUUGGAUUAAUAUUUUAUCGGGUUAUGAUAAUAACGAUGCCAACAGUUCGUGCCAGAAUCCUCAAUGCACGCAAUCGCAUGGUACCCAGAGAGGUGGCCAAGUCCAUUUCCAAUAAAGUUGAUAUUGGAGACUGGUGGAUUAUCUACAUGCUGGGUCGCAAUUUGGAUCCCAUCAUCUUCAAAGAUGUUCUCACUGAGCUCACGAAGAGCAUCGAUUCGUCCAAGAGGGAGAAGAACUGAAGGCACCACCCCCCCUGAGCGUCAUCAGCUCUUGCCAUAUCGGUUGGAGGAAUCGUGUCGAGUGAGGAGUCAGAGCAAAAAGUGGACCGAAAGAGCGAGAAGAAGACGAAUUAAUUAAGUUUAGAGCAUUUAAAACUUUUGUAAUUUAUGAAUUUCCCAUCUGUCUGCAUGCCACCACAUCUGGAACAACGAUGACUUUUCCGCGAAAAAGGGCAUUUUUUUUUGAAAAAUAUUAUCUCAAACACUCUUCAUUUGGCAAAUCAAAUGCAGCGUGAUUUCUCAGAAGAUGCUGCACAACACUUGCUCUCAAAAUUCUCUCUCUCUCUCUGCGUGCCCUUAUUCGGAAACUCUCAGAACUAUAUAUGCCAUAAUUUUAGGGAUGAAUUUUCACGGGAAAUUGCACUUCCACCAUGUAGUGGUGUCAUGUUGUGGAGGCGAGAAGGUCCAUUAUAUUUUAUGCCUCUGUGAUUAUUGGUAAAUUAAAUUAAGGCACACAAACAUUAGACGAUAUGGUUCCUAAUGGCCAAGGCAAAGUUUAUUAUAAUGCAGAUGUGCAUUUCACUGCAUGAGAUUACACAUUUUGAAAAUGGAACCGAUGUUUUAAUAGGUCCUCUCUUGCGAAAUAACUUAUCAUGGGAGUUUAUUUUAUUGCUGGCGCAGAGUGUCUCCCGUGUAUCUCAGUUCGUCUCUCUGUGCCAUUAUACAUAACGAAUUUCGGUCAAUAAUCUCAUAUAUGGCAGCAAUAAGAUGCAAUUAUCUAGCAUUUACAGUGCCCUAAACACUCUCAACUCUAUCGCUCUAUUUUAGAGCUUUUUUUUCUGCGAGGAAAAUUUUUUAUUAUUCUUUUUACGAGGCUUCCCAACAGCAAUAUUAUGAUAUUUUUUAUGUAAUCGUACAAUUGUAACUAGUAGACCCCAUUUUGAAACACAAAUAAGAUGAAAAUAUAAUUUUUAUCAGCAA